AUGGGUGUGAUCGUAUCACCGAGCAAACGCAUCGUCGAGUGGAAGUUCGACGCCUUGGACACGAACGGCGACGACAAGAUCAGUUUCAAGGAGGUUGCUGCGUUGAAGCGCGUCGUUAAAGAGCACGUUCUGCCGUUGCAGUGCUCGCGCCAGUUUCCUCGAUUCUGUGAUCUGGACCACGAUCGCAAGAUCAGCCGCUCCGAGUGGUCGGUUUGCAUGGAAGUCGACAUAAAUAUGGCUUUCCGUCUCUUUUUGUCGCUCAACAAAGACCGUCAGAGGUUUGUGAUGAGAAACGACCGGUCCAGUAAAGUUGAAGCUCCCGCAUUAGAUGGUCUUCGCGCCGCCAGUCUGUGGGCAUCCAGCAGUUCUGCUGACUUUGUUCUCAAAGAGACGCCAGUAUUUCCUCAGGAAACAUCUGACGACGAGAAGACGGAUUGCAAAUCUCAGCGACUUAAAGCUCAAGAGGAACAUGCACGAAAUCCAAAUUCAGGAAUUUACGUUCCGGUCUGCGUCACUGGGAACGAGAAGAUGUUCCAAAAUGUCCAGUGUCACAAGUUGACCGGCUUCUGCUGGUGCGUGGAACCAGAGACCGGUAAGCCCAUCACGGGCACGUCUGCUAGAAACCGCAAGCCAGUCUGUGACGGUGCCAGAAAACAUCAGGCGAAAAUCAGAGGUAGCUUUGAAUUACCGUUUUAUAACAUUCACUAA